AUGACAGAACAACUUGCUGCUCAUCUUCUGAAUGCUGCCAAAGUCGUGGAACAAAAGUUGGAUGCCGAAUUGGACAGAUUGGAGAACUUGGGUGACGAUGAAAUGGAAGAAAUUCGCCGAAAACGCAUGGCCGAGAUGAAAAAAGCCCAGGAUAAGAAGGCUGUAAGUUUUUUUGUUAUUGGUUUUGUGUUUUAGAGCUUCAAAUACAUGCAGAAUAUUUUUGGAAUGUUGAGUUAGAAUAAACCUUGAUUUGCUGAGGUCUAUAACAAUAUAUUGUUGUAGGAGCUGGUAGGCAGUGGUCAUGGAAAGCUGACGGAGUUGGCCAACGAAAGAGAGUUCUUUGAUGCUCGCAAGAAGACUUCAAAGAUGAUUUGUUACUUUUAUGGCCAACAAACAGAGAAACAUCAAGCUGUCGAGAAGGUUCUGAACAACUUGGCUCAACAACACUUCUUUACUCGUUUUGUCUGUUUAAAUGCUGAAAGGGUAAGAUGAAUUGAUUUUUAGAGAUUAUGAUUUUAUAGUUUGUUUUUAAGUUGGUUUUAAGUAUAUGGGAUGGGUACUUUUUGUUUUAUGAUUAAAAUUCGAUGUUAUAGUAGGUCGUUUAUUCUUAAAAUUAUAUUUUGUUAUAGUUUCUCUACAUUUUUGACUUUAAAUAUUUUAUAAUCAAUUUUCAGAGCCCCUUCUUGGUCGAACGUUUGAAGUUGCAAAGUUUCCCAGUAAUUGCCAUCGUUCUCGGAGACAAAAUUGGAGAUUAUAUUAGACUAGCUGAUAAACUGAACGAUUCUGUUCAAAGUCUUGAACACUACAUCGAAAAGCGGUUGUUCGAAGCGAAAGUAAUUACAGAAUGCCGAAGUGAACCUCCAAAGGCUGCGAAAGCUAAAACGAUAUUUGGGAUGGCUCCGCCGAAGCGUGGAAUCCGCGGAGGAAGACAUGAUGAAAGUGACGAUGAAGGUUGUUGA